AUGUUGUCGUCCCUCUGGCGAUUCUACUCGGCAGCACAGGUUGCAUUUCGGUACUUCAGUCAUCUCGGUUAUCGUUCAUUUGGCCUCUUGUCCCGUAUAUGCCCUCGUUUUAUCGGAUAUCAUCCGUCUAAAUCUGAUAACACGGACGAUCUUGAGGCUAAUGAUCCGGUCGGUGUGGUCUCAACAUCGAACUGCGACACAUACACUAUACGGCUGCACCCUCAGCGUGACUUGCAAAUAAGGGGAUUUGGGGCUUCUGCUCAAGUCUACGAAGUUGAUGACGAGGUAGUUCUCAAGACUUCUUGGGUAUUUGAACGACCUGGCAGUAGUGCCCCUGAUGGCGAUCGAUGGCACUACGCUUCAGACACCCUCUUUCACUCCAACUUGUUACAAAACGAACGAACUGUACUACGAGUGCUUCAAGGACGGCCACACCCUCACAUUAUGGAAGCUAUCGAUGCUGAUCAACCUGAGGGAAUUUAUCUCCGCAGAUAUCACUCGUUAUCUGGUGAUAAAAUUGUUCCUCAGCCUCAUCGGAUUCGCUGGUACUGCGAUCUUACUGACGCACUUUGUCAUAUCCACAGCCUUGGCAUAGCCCAUGCAGAUGUACGGAUUGAAAAUGUGCUCUUUGAUGAUCAGGACGGUGCAAUUCUUUGCGAUUUUAGCGCCGCUAGCCCUCUUGGUCAACCAAAUCCCGUUUUCCCGGAUCUUCCACUUCCAGUCAACGGUCCCUCGCCAACUUUAUCCGAGGCGACCGAAAUGUUUGCAAUGGCGUCGCUUAUUUUUCAGAUGGAGCAUGGAGCCAAGCCCGAGCUUUCUGUUGACAGUCAUGACACAUUGGUUCUGCCAAAAAUAAAAACCGAUUAUCAAAGCCUUGAAACGAUCAUUCGAAAAGCUUGGCUCGGGCACUAUAACCGCACCUCAGAAAUGCUAGAAGAUCUUAGUUCUAUUGAUACUAACGGCACUCGUCCUGCCCGUGAUAUCAAACUGCGUUCGGAAUCAACGGAAUCGUUGAGAGACCGGAUUAAAAAAUGGAGGGAGGGCCGUGAGAAUAAGUUUGGUAAGGGUUAUCCGCUGUACGAUGUCUACAUUCUUGGUGGCUAA